AUGCGUUAUCGUGCUCCAGGCCUCGCCCCCGCCCCGCGUGCUGCUGCAGCAAUCUACAUCUACUCCCCACCACCCUCAGAUCUAGAUGCGCCACGAAGCCCCCGCGACGCGCUCUCUCUCUACCUUCCUUCCUUCCUCGCCCGCGCCAGAGUCCGUGGUUACACAGCACGCACGCACGCGCGGACCGGAUCUGGCGCGCACGAUCUCGGGUUGGAUUGGCGGUCCAUCAGCAGCGGUCGGUCAGCUGCAGCUGCAGCGCGAUCGUGCACUGCCGCCGCGAAUCGGGCCCGCCGCGCGCAUGCAUAUAGAUGCAUAUCUAUAUCUAUAUCUAUAUCUAAGCGAGAUCCCCCGCUGCUUCUCUGCACCGCUGCAUCAGCAGAGAUCAGCAGCUGCCCUUCUCCAGCCCCUUCCUGCCCCUUCUCGCUGCCUUCUCUCUGCACGCCCGCCCAAUUUGCAAUUCCUCGUGUGCCCGCGAGACGCGCGCGGGCGCGGGUGCGGGCUGGCCCUGAUCUAUUCCUGCCGGGCGGAGGACGCAAUUAUUAG